UUUUGAAAGAUGGCGGACGACGUGGACCAGCAACAAACUACCAACACUGUAGAAGAGCCCCUGGAUCUCAUCAGGCUCAGCCUGGAUGAGCGAAUCUAUGUGAAAAUGAGAAAUGACCGAGAGCUUCGAGGCAGAUUACAUGCAUAUGAUCAGCAUUUAUAUAUGACAUUGGGAGAUGUGGAAGAAACUGUGACUACUAUAGAAAUUGAUGAAGAGAUAUAUAAAUCAACAAAACGGAAUAUUCCGAUGCUUUUUGUCCAGGGAGAUGGUGUUGUACUAGUUGCUCCUCCAUUAAGAUUUGGCUGAAACAAAGAAUUUAUCGUGUAUGGAAUAUAGGAGAUUUUGUAUGAUUGCCUCUUUAAAUGUAGAAGACAUCCAAAAGAGAAA